AUGAAUUAUGAUUACAUAGGGGCUAUUAAAAUUAAAGAUGGGCUAUUUUUAGGAGAUUAAUUCGCUGCAUAGGAUCUGGAAUUUAUUGUUACUAAUAAAGUCUCAAGAAUUAUUAACUGUGCAUCCAAAUAAAUACCAAAUCAUUGGGAGUCUAUUGGCAUUAUUUAUAUGUCAUUCCCGUGGAUGGAUAAUGAUUAAUAAAUCAUUUUACAAUAAGAUGAGAUAAUUAAUAAUAUAAUGAAAUUUAUAGAUGAUGCAUUAAAUAAUGGGGAGAGUGUUAUAGUCUUAUCAAUUAAAGGACACAAUAGAUCAGUGGCAACAUUAUGCGUUUAUUUUAUGAAGAAAUAUAGAUGGACUCUUUAUAAAACCCUUCAAUAUAUGCAUAAUAGAAGACCUGAUUUAGAAAUCAGAGCUCACUUCUUUAAUUAGUUAUUAUCAGUUGAAACAAGAUUGUAGAAAUAAGGAUAUGGUGCUAAGACCUAUAACUGGGAUGAGAUUUACACAUAAGGCGAGAAUGAUGAAAUUCUACUUAGAAAUACUUACUUGAAUUCUCAAGCAUAAGGAGUAGCUGAAUUCAAGGAUCAUGAUCCCAAACCAAAGGAAUCCAAGUUGAAAUUCGCUGAAAAAGUUUCCAUGUAUAUUCCUCCAUAUGAUAAAAUAGUAUUCUCUAAAGCAAAAUCUUUGCCAUAAGAUGCAAGACCUAUUAUAAAAAUGUCAGGUUCAUCAAAACAAAUUGACCCUUCUUUUUAACAAUAAGCUUAAAAAUCAUAAUCUAUGAAUAUAUAGGAUCAAUCCAAUUAAUAACCUUAAAAAGAUUAGCAAAAAUCUAGUUUACAACAAAUUUAGCCUUAAUAUCCUUAAAGACCCUAGUCGUAGGGUGCUCAACAAUAAAGGUUAACCAAAAGUGAUAGUGUUAAAUCUGGAUCGGUGUUUGAUAAUAAUGCUGCAUGUAUAUAACAUUUAUUAUAUUGGAUAGAACCACAAAGGAUUUAAAUGAAUAACUUCAUGGACUCAAGAGAUUAAUUUCUCUAGAAAUCCCAGCAACAAAAUGGUACUCGUAGGCCCUAAACUGCUCCAAAUUAAUUGAAAGCUCCUAGAGUUCAAACUACUCCAUAUAAAAGAAAUACUAGUUCAGGUCAAAGACAAGAAGCAGGAUCAUAACCAAAUUCUUAAUUUAAACCAAUGAGAUAAAGAGCAUAAUCUCCAAAUUCUACCCAAAACAUGGAAAAAAAUGAAGCUCUAUUUGUUCUUAUUUUGUUCGCUCAUCAAAUAAAAUUUUGA